UGCUGUUAUAUAGUAGGAUGGUUGGUUUGAUGGCUGGUUUGAUGGUGUCACCACUACGAACGGCCCUUUUAUUUACGAGGUCAAACUGCCUACGACUCCCUCCCCUUAACUAUGUCAUCGUGGACGAAGCGUGGAGGUCGGAUCUGGCCCAGCGAGGGUCGGUUCCAGAAUUCUGGGCACUCGAGCCCCAUCGGAUGAUCCCCGUGGAGCUUCGGACAAGGUUAGGCGGCACCUACGCUGCGUAGCCGAU